AUGAAAUGGCGACUUGUAUCUGGUUUAGGUGUUNAAGAGAUGUCUGGCACUGAGGAAGUCAAAGAACAAGCAGAAGCUGUAGUGGAGGAUGUUGACAAAUCUCUACCGACGAAACAGCAGGAGGAGGAAGCUGUUAGAAAGAAGUAUGGAGGAAUAUUGCCCAAGAAACAACCUCUAAUUUCCAAGGAUCACGAGCGAGCAUAUUUCGACUCUGCUGAUUGGGCUUUGGGAAAGCAAGGUGGUGUGAAGCCCAAAGGACCACUUGAGGCUCUCCGGCCAAAAUUACAGCCAACACAACAGCAAACACGAUACCGCAAAUCCCAGUAUGCGCCAUCUGGUGAAGAUGGAACUCCUGCAUCAGCCGAAGAUGCUACCUCAGACAAAUGAGAUGUUGAACUACGAGUAAAUUUUUCAUUAUAAAUAAAAUUUGAAAAAAUGAGGACAAAUAUUGUAAUGUCUGCUCAAGGUAAGAAUGCAUCUUCAUGUAGUUGCUGCUGUAUUUCAAGUUCCCAAGAUUGAAAGAUCUUUGAUCGAUUCCUGUUGUAGACUAUUUUACUACUGCCCAACAUGAGUUUAUAAUCGAGAUCUUGAGACAUUUUCGACCCGUGUCAUUAAUACUCUUAACUGUUGCUGUGUUUCUACCCUUCUGGCACAAAAGAAGUCUG